AUGGCCUCGUCAAGUUCGGCCCCAGGCCCGGCCGAAUCCAUCCUGGCUACGUUGAACCCAGCACAAUGUCGCGCCGUCACGUCAAACAAUGCCACUGUCGCCAUCCUGGCUGGCCCCGGAAGUGGCAAGACGCACACCUUGACUUCUCGUGUUGUUUGGCUCGUGGACAAUGUCGGAUAUGCACCCACUGACAUGAUUGUCGCCACUUUUACCGUCAAGUCCGCACGGGAGAUGAAGGAACGCAUCUGCAAGGCCCUUGGAGAUGACCGUGGAAGGAGAAUCGUUCUCGGCACGUUUCACAGCAUUGCUCGCCGCUACUUGGCUGCCUACGGCAAGCGCAUCGGCCUUGAUGAAAAGUUCGCCAUCGCCGACGAUGCAGACUCAAGGUCCAUCAUCCAGCGAAUUUGCAAACGAUUCCAGCUAUCAGUAGACCCUCCGGCUGCAAGAUCAUGGAUCAGCAAGAAAAAGGCCAGAGGCGACAAUCAGACGCCAUCAAAACGGCAUGGCAAGCAAAUGCCCGAAAAUCGCGACUUGGAAACUUGCUUUCGAGAAUAUCAAAGCCACCUUCAGCGGUCGAAUCUGCUGGAUUACGACGACCUCUUGACUCAAUGUGUGGAGCUGCUUCGAAAGCAUCCUUCUUGCGUUGCCAACGUCCAGGCUGUGCUUAUUGACGAGUAUCAAGACACCAACGGUAUCCAAUACGAACUCAUGAGGCUAUUUGCUCAGGCACGAGAACGAAUCACUAUCGUGGGAGACCCGGACCAGAGCAUCUACGGCUGGCGGUCCGCCGAGAUCAAGAACUUGUACCGUCUUCUCAAGGACUAUCCUAAAGCCGACGAGAUCUCGCUAGAGGAAAACUAUCGUUCAUCGCAAGCGAUUCUGGACGUAUCCUUGAAAGUUAUUCAGCAAGACAAAAAACGCUACCAAAAAGUCCUGUUGCCAAUCCACAACAAAGGCACGCGACCAGUCCUUCGAAGACUCAAGUCUUCAGCCAUUGAGGCCGAAUGGAUUGUGUCGGAAAUCAAAAGAGCCCUUCUGAUGGCUGGCAAGAUGCUGACCUACGAUGACGUCGCCAUUCUCCUGCGGUCGGCGUCGCUUUCCAGGCACGUCGAAUCCUCUCUAGGCAAAGCAGGUAUUGCGUACCGAAUGGUUGGCGGUUUCAAGUUCUACGAGCGCGCCGAGGUCAAGGUGAUUCUUGACUAUCUACGCGUCAUUCACCAGCCCGACAAUAACGAUGCAGUGGCCCGUAUCAUCAACGUACCCCGCCGUGGUGUGGGAGAGACAACUAUCAAGUCCCUCCUAGAAGAAGCCGAGAGUUCGAAGCUAAGUGUCUGGGUGUUGCUAAACAAGCACUGUCGGGGAGAGCGCCAGGCAAAGACGAACAUCAAGAAGGCAAUGGAGCAAAAGAUUAGCGGAGAGCUUCUUAGACUGAUCUCUGGAAUUAGAAGAAAGAUUGAGGAGCCUCCUACCGGAAGCCCGUACUACCAUUUGGUCGAUCUGAUCCAGAAUCUGCUUUCGCAGCUCAACUUUCAAAAGUACCUUCAGGAAAACUACCCCGAAGAGCACGAGGCGCGAUGGGCCAACGUCCAGGAAUUCAUCAGCCUGGCGGGCGAUUUCAUGCGAGAUCUGAGCGCCACGGCAGAGGAGGAUUGUCUCCCAGUGAUCGACGGAGUCCAACAGGUGCAAGAAAAUGAUGCUCUUGGUCGGUUCUUGGCAAAUGUCUCCUUGGCGUCGGAUGCGCAGCAAAAGGGGGAUACAGAGAACAAGCCAACGGUAACCAUUUCAACUAUACACGCAGCCAAGGGCCUUGAAUGGCCCCUUGUCUUUGUCCCAGCAGUGUACAAUGGAUCCAUCCCACACAUGAGGUCCGAGGAUCUCGACGAAGAACGGCGGCUGCUUUAUGUAGCCAUGACGCGGGCGCAGACGCUCCUCUACCUCAGUUGUCCAAUGUACAGCUCGCAGAAUGGAGGAAAUGGGGGCGAGCGCACCGAACUAUCACCUUUCGUUCCAUCAGAGAUUCACCCGUAUUUUAGGAAAACGGGUCCAUCUUUCGAACCCGGGAUCCUCCAAGAGAUGGGGCGCAUUCUCCGAAGGGAGUCUGCCGUUCCCACGCAAGAGAAGGUGUACAAGGACAUGCCGCCCAUGGAACGGCCCGAGGACAACUUGUAUCCCGAAGAUCCGGAAAACUCCUUUGGCGAGGGGGUUACAGGUGGAAGACAUAGGCCCUGGGCGCAAAGACGCCCUCGGGCGCAGGCAACUUCAGCAGAAGAGGGUGAUUCCCAGCCGAUACCCACCUGGCAUACAUCUACAACAAUGGACAGUGCUUCCAACUUCACUUUGCCAGGCUUCACAACUGCAAGCGCGGCACGGGAGAUGCUAGCCGCUGCGAGGGAUAUCGCUGCAUCGGCUCAGCGGAACGAUCCCGGAGAUUCGAAGGCCGCCGGGCCCAGGAAGGGAACCACGAAACGGCCGGCUGACCAGCGGAGUCUUUUGGGAUUCGUGAAGAGGGCGAAGUCCGAUCUAUCGGAUGUAGCCUCUCUGUCGACACGUCUUCCACUCGUUCCCAAGCCACGAUCAGCAUUCCACGAGCUGCCCAACUUGCACCAAGCGCAACGACCUGCGCCGGCCAUCGAGCCAAGCCUGAGUGGUCACCGGCUCGGACAGGGGAAACUACCCGCCAAGCCGGCUAGACCAACUUUCGAUGGCACCUCAGGACCAAAGAAACACUACACAAACUUCUCGAGCUCCCCGCCUCGACCAAAGUCUCCCGACAAGGAAAACCACGACACAAAUGAGCCACCCCCGCUCCGGGAACGGCCGGCGAGCUGCUUACACGCGACCACGACUACGAAUGGCUUUGGGGGGUUCAAGAGGCCUGCGGUGUUGAAGAAGGAAAGGGGCAUUGCACCGAUAGACCGGCUGAGGAAGCCCUUCAAGCCGCUGACGAUUAAUAGGUCCUGA